CAUCAUAUAUUAUACACAAACACACAAAGAUAAAUGUGUAAGAGACUAAUUUGGCGUUGCGCACCAACCUAACUUCCCUUCUACUUCAUCUACAACUCGUGUCCACUUUUGUUCAAGAUUACUAUUAUAAACACGCCUCCCGCGUGAAAGUUAAAGCGCAGACAUCAUAAGAAACCUACAAACAGAAUUCUUCUGGCUUCACUGCCGAUUUGUGAUGGAGAACAAGAAGACCAAUCAUGGAGAUGAUGGGCAUGAUUGUGUUCCUCCUAUCCAUAUCCAAGUCGUGAAGAUCAAAAAAGAGUUUGAGAAGAUACAUCAGCCUGAGAUGCCUAGGGUGCUUCGAGAGAUCACUAGUCCACGGCGUUCCCGUUCUCCCCUCGGCUUAGGAGAGAGAGACAGGCCUAUCUCCGUUGGGAAUUGAUAACAAAGAGAGAUAAAGAUAGGUGAUCCUUUAUGUAUUAGAGUUUCUUUUAUCUUUCAAUGUAAAUAUCUUUGGUUAAUGUAAUGAGUCUACUGUUCUAAUC